AUGCCAGUCCUAGUUAGUCGCGUCGAGGAUCUCGACGAUGGCCAAAUGGCCACGAUCAAGAGCAUUUGGGAGACUAUCAAGCAGCUAGCACCACGAUCCGCCCGCAAGACCUACAAUGCCUACACAGACGACGACUUUACCGAGUUCGUAACUUCAAUCUUUCAAGAUGACUGGAAUACCUCGCGACGCCCUAUCCAAGCGGCCUGGAAGCCCAAGAAGCAGGACAUGAACGCCAUCACCGUCGGAGUGUGGAACAAGGAUGUCGUCAAGAAGGCGGAUGGAGCCACAACAAUACCAGCUGGCAAAAGAAAGGGCGCAGAAGCACUAUGCCGCCCAGAGGUCGUCGGCGAUACCGUCGUCUUCAAGAUUGUGGAUAAGCAUGGUGCAAUGCAUACCUUUAAGGAUGUAACCUGGGAUAAUGGCGACCGCUUGACCGGGGAAACCAAGGCGCGAGUCUGCAUGCAUUACGAUCGCAACGAGUUCUCCCAUGUCAUGGCAUUCAAUCUUCAGGCGGCAAGAACUCACAUCCAGCACUAUCUCUGGACGCCGAACGAUCGAAUGGCAGUUCGUGCUGCAGAUCCGUUACCUGAAUUCAAGGAAACGAACUUGUGCUUGCCACUUUGGAGAUCAAUGUACCAGGACGCUCGUGUCGUCCGUAAGGAGAUGAAGAAGAUGUCGCAGAGGAGAAACUACCUUUAA